UGGACCAGGUUCAGAUGGAUCGGGUUCAGAUGGACUGGGUUCAGGUGGACCAAGUUCAGAUGGACCAGGUUCAGAUGGACCGGGUUCAGUCUCCCUCUAACACCACCGACGAGCUGCUUAACCAGGGGCUCCUGAGGAUAAGUAUAAUUUCCACUAUGUCCACAGUUCCAUCUUUUGUGUUUCUCUACAUUAAUGGGACAAUGUUGUAUAUUUUGAGGAGUAAACCAGUGUUUCGGGAGACCUGCCGCUACAUUCUUCUGUACAACCUCCUUCUUGCAGACACUGUUCAGCUGGCUCAAAGUCAAGCGAUGUUUUUAUUGUCUGUUUGCAGGAUAAAACUGGCAUAUUCUCUGUGCAUUGUGCUCAGCAUGUUCGCUAAUCUCACAACCGGGAUUUCUCCACUCACACUUCUGGUGAUGCCUUUGGAGAGAUAUGUAGCUGUGUGCUACCCGCUGAGGUAUGCUUCCAUCGCCACCAUCAGAAACACGGUGGUGGCCGUCAGUGCGAUCUGGGCUGUCAGCUCACUGAACAGUCUGACUCGCAGUUUGCUGUUUUUACAGUUUCCAUUUGAAAAGAUGGCGUCUCUGCAGCUACAAGAUGUUUGCUCUAAUAUUGCUUUAGUGCUUGGAUAUCUGACUGAUGAAUAUGACAGAGCCUAUACUUGUGUGCUGUUUGUAUCAGCUGGCGUGGCCGUCACUGUCUCCUAUUUUGGUGUCAUAAUAGCAGCUAGAUCAGCCUCCACAGACAAAGUUUUAGCCCGAAAGGCUCGAAACACACUGCUACUGCAUCUGGUGCAGCUUGGUCUCAGUCUAUCCUCAACCAUUAAUAACCCACUGCUCACUGCUCUUUCUAGAAUUUCAACAAAGAUGGUACUUUUGUGGGUUCAAAAUGUAUUUUAUGUUUGCUUUAUAAUCUUCCCCAGAUGUCUGAGUUCUCUCAUUUAUGGACUUCGAGAUCAAACCAUCAGACCCGUUCUCGUCUACCAUCUAUACUGUCGACUGAAAGUGAAAAUCAGCGGCUAA